AUGGCUGUGGACAACUCCACCAGCGACCCCCAUACCCCCAGGCCGCAGCUGAGCACGGUGGACAGUGCCAUCAUCGCCGUGUAUUUUGCCCUGAACGUGGCCGUGGGCAUAUGGUCCUCCUGCCGGGCCAGCAGGAACACGGUGAGCGGCUACUUCCUAGCCGGCCGGGACAUGACGUGGUGGCCGAUCGGAGCCUCUCUCUUUGCCAGCAGCGAGGGUUCAGGCCUCUUCAUUGGACUGGCGGGCUCGGGAGCGGCUGGAGGCUUGGCGGUGGCCGGCUUUGAGUGGAAUGCUACCUACGUGCUGCUGGCCCUGGCAUGGGUGUUUGUGCCCAUCUACCUCUCCUCGGAGAUCGUCACCAUGCCUGAAUACAUGCAGAAGCGCUACGGGGGCCAGCGGAUUCGUGUGUACCUGUCUGUCCUGUCACUGCUGCUGUCCGUCUUCACCAAGAUAUCGAUCGACCUGUACGCGGGGGCCCUGUUUGUGCACAUCUGCCUGGGCUGGAACUUCUAUCUGUCCACCAUCAUCAUGCUCGCCAUCACGGCCCUUUACACCAUAGCAGGGGGCCUGACUGCUGUCAUCUACACAGACGCCCUGCAGACACUUGUCAUGGUGGUGGGGGCUGUGAUCCUGAUGAUCAAAGCUUUCGAGCAGAUUGGCGGGUACGAGCAGCUGGCAGAGGCCUACGCCCGGGCCGUCCCAUCCAGGACCAUCUCCAAUACCACCUGCCAUGUGCCCCGGGCAGAUGCCAUGCACAUGUUCCGAGACCCCUACACUGGGGACCUCCCGUGGACUGGGAUGACCUUCGGCCUGACCAUCAUGGCCGCCUGGUACUGGUGCACGGACCAGGUGAGGGUUCACGGUGCCGCCCUCCCCCAUUCCUGCCUUCCAGGGUCCCUGUAG